AUGGCGUCGCAGGCCGGCGACCGACUCAUUUGGCUGUGUCUAGGAGUUACGCUGUAUUUUGCAGCACGCGGUAUCACAGCCGAACUAUAUCGCAUUCGGGAGCUUACGCAGAUCAAGAAAAGCAGCGAGGAGGAGAGCAGUCAUGUAAUCGGAGAGGCCACAGAAGAUGCUUUGAAUCUUGGAACUUUACGGCAGCUGGCGCAAAGCCCUGACUAUGAAUUACGAGCAUCAUCGAUGACAAUUAUUUGUGAAAGAGCUACAAAAGGCCCCGCUCGAGAUUUAUUGCUCAAAGACUUAUCCGGCCUGGAUGCAGUUCGCAGGGACAAUGCCCUAACCGCGCUAUACUUUCUGCUAAUGGGCCGGCCUCUGACUCGCUCCUUUACCUCUCAUCGUUUUAGGGACCCGUCCACUUUUCGUAGCCUUAUCGAUUGUUUGUGUAACUUUUUGGGCGAACAUACUGAAGAAACCGGCAUGAUAUCCUCUCCGAUUCUACCAAAAACUAGACCACUGGGAGAGAAUAGAGCGUUGGCUAUUUUGUGCGUUCUCUUGCCGGACAACGUUCUGACGGCCUUGGAGGCUGGCCUUGUGACACGAUGGCUUGCAAAAUAUCCUUUCCCUUGCGCAUCACAAACGAGGUCUAAAAGACGAAAUGUGGUCUUUUAUAUGAGAACACGCCCUGGGGAUGACCAGCUGAUGAGUACAAUUUUUGAAAUUCUUUUUUUCCACCGCGAAGGCGGGAAGCAACUUCGACUUUGCGGCCUAAUGGGAGGAAUAAUGCCGGCCGAUAUAUUCAAUUUGCCUUCCAAUAUGGAAAGGAAUGUUUGGGUGUUAGACGACGAAAGUACAGCUGAGCCCCGGCCUCGGGAAGGUACCGUAGAGGACCAGGCUCUGCGACGCCGCCGGAGAGAGGCCGUGGUUAUUAGUGAAGGCGCGGCGCCCCUAAGCGGCCUUGAUAUCUUUGAGCCAGUAUGA